AUGGCAUCCACUGAAUUAGGUUUGAAAAGAACUUUAACAGAUAUCCUUGAGGAUGAAUUAUAUCAUUUAAAUAACAAGAAUAGUGGUGUAUAUUCUUCUCAUUAUCAAUAUCCUGUUUCAAAUAAAGCUUAUAUGGCAAAUUUAAACCAAACUACGUCAAAUAACAAUAACCAAGCUAAUAAUUAUUUAGAUGAAACACUUGUUACAAUCGAACCAGAAAAAUUAAGUUAUAUACCAGAGAGUGGAAAUUAUGUUACUGCUAGUAAUUUAACUUUAUCUCCAAAUAAUAAAAAAGAAACUGAUGUUAAUAUAUUUCCAUAUCAAAAUCAUCAACAACAAUAUGAUAAUAAGAUGUUUAACAAAUAUGCCGAUCCUUCUUUAACUACUACUAGUAUCGCUUCAAGAGCUAAUAGCAACAGACUGCCUACUCAAAUGAAUACCCCUGUAGUGGCUACAAUCAACAUGAAAAAACUUUUGAAAACACAAUCUCCAAAUUCUAGCAAUACAACUUUCAUUCCUACUCAAACAAAUACCAAGAAUAAUACAUCAUCAACAGCUUCCAGAGACAUUUUGGGAGUUAAGAUUUUACACGAUUCUGUUGAAACUCAAGAGAUCAACGAUUCAUAUUUGUAUUUUGAUGAUGAAUCAUUUGUUCCAAAGGUACAUUACUCUUUAGAAGAUAACAAUAUAGCGUUGAAUAAUGAAGAUGCAAAACUUCUUUUUGAUGAUGAAUUUUCUGACGACGAUGAUUUUGAUGAUGACUCUAAGGAAUAUGAUAUCGAUGAUGAUGAAGUAAUUAGUUCGAUAGAUAUCGAAAAGGCAAAGAAUGUUAUGGUAAAGACUAAUAAUUUAUACAGUUUUGUUGAUACACACGAAGAAUCGACACCAAAAUUAACAACCGAUGAUAAUGAGAUACAUUUACAUAAUAAUAGUGAUAUUCUAGACGGAGAGAAUCUAGAUGAUGAUAAUGCUUUACUAGAUGAAGACGAAAUGUAUCAACUAAAUUCCAUGGGUAAGAUUGUCGUUUCUGCAGAUGAAAUUAAAGAAUUGAACAGAUCAAAAUCCUUGUCAUUGAGUAGUAGACCAAAGAUACGGAGUAGCUCCACAAUGGGACAGUCUAAUAAAUCACGUAAACCAUUAACGCAUAUAAAUGGUAAUACCUUCAAUGGUUCUAUAUCUUCAUCAUCUGCAACUUCGAUAUCCAAAGCAAACGUAUUAUCGACGUCAUCUUCAUCCAUAUCUUCAUCCUCGUCAUUAGUCGCAAAUACACCAGCUCAUAAAGAACAUUCAAAGAAACAUAAAACAUACCUUGGUAGUGAUCUUUCUGGUACAAAUACUAAUGAAAUAUUUACUUGUCGGUUAGUUAAUUUAAUUACUAAGGAGCCUUGUUCUGCCCAAUUUUCAAGAUCAUAUGAUUUAACUAGACAUCAAAAUACCAUUCAUGCUAAAAAGAAGAUUGUUUUCCGUUGUUCUGAAUGUAUGAAAAUGUUAGGUAAUGAAGGUUAUGAAAAGACAUUCUCUAGACUAGAUGCUUUGACUAGACAUAUAAAGUCUAAGCAUGAAAAUUUAACCGCUGAAGAACGUCAACGUGUAACUAAAUAUGCAAAGGAAAAUAUUGGUUACGCUACUGCAUAA